AACAAACCAUCAAGCCAGCAAUGAUUUGAAAGUGGUGUAAAAAAUCGUGAAAUUCGUGUGCUAAAAGGGCCCAUUUUCGGCGGAAAUCGUUGUUUUCGUAAAGUCCAAUAUUCGUUUGUUUGUGUUUUUUCGUGUAAACAUUGUCGUUGAUUGAUUUUUGGUUAGUUUUGGUGUCAUGUGCCCGCUGUGUAGUAAUGGAUAAAUUUCGUGCGAGUUUGUGGACAUGUGGUCGGGAUUUCUGGCACGGAUUUAGGACAAAUUGAGGAUGCAUAAAGAUCCAGGGAAGCCGUCAACCAAACCGCCGAAAAGGAUCCAAACUUCGCACAGAACCGGAGUCAGGACACCGAACGGUGAAACGAAAUCUUGGUUUAGGUCGCCGAAACCGGUCAAAAAGAGUAACAUCAGGGACGUCGAGAUAAGACCGAUUUCGGCGUCAACGCCUACUUUGAACAAUAAUAAUGAGAGCAAGAAAAGCAGCAAAAGGCCAUUGACGUUCGCCGCAGGAAACGUCACAUUAAGGCGAGGACAGCAAACGUCCAAAAUCGAGACGGCGACGACACCCGACGACCUUUCAAGGUCAUCGUCGAUCACCAAUCUAAAUGCCGAUCCGAAGGCCACCAAAGGGGCCAAACCGAAAAAGGCCGAGUCGAAGGACAAACUAGACAAGGUCACCGAUAAGAAAAAUGAUAAAAAGGCCUUGAAUAAGAACAAUAAUAAGGAGUCGGAAGGGUCGACCGAUUCCGAAGUGGAGACUUUACAGAAACAGUUGGCUCAGAUGGCGAAUGAUAAGACCAAUUUAGCAUUGCAAUUGGGUGAACAAAACGGACAUAUUCAUAAAUUGCAAGAGGAGGUGAAGCAGCUGAAGAUGAUGCACCAGGAGGCCGAGAUUAAGGUUGAGCAGCUGAUGGAUGAGAAUAGUGUCUUGAGGAAGCAGCUGAGGGAUGUAGCGAAUUCGCCGCUUUCUGAUAACGAAAAACAGCAGAUUUUGUAUGAGACGCAUAGGCAGCAUAGCUCGGCACCCGCCUCGAUCGCCACCAAUUUAUUGGACGACAGUGGUGACAUUACUGCAUGCCCGACACCCGAAUGGGACAAACAUUCGAGCAGUAACGUCAGCGAAGUCUCCGUAGCCUGUCUCCAAGAUAAAAUACAUCAAAUGCAAGAAACACACUAUAGUACCAAUGAAGAAUUACAAGCAACACUCCAGGAACUGACAGAUCUCCAAAAACAACUCACUGAACUUCAACAAGAAAACUUGCGACUCAGCGAUGAGAAAAAUCUCAUGUUUGAGUCACUUUGUCGUCAAACUGAGCGUUUAAACGAUUCUAGAAACGAAGUAGAAUCACUUAAACAACUCUUGUAUAAUGAUGAAAACGGUCAAUUUGAAACAGCAGCCGAACGUGAGCAGAAAUUGGUCGAUUUAUUGAAGAAAGCCCAAGAAGAAAGAGAAGCUUUAUUGGUGAAACAAGAACAAUUGGGCAAUGAAUUGGAAGAUGCAAGAUCGGGUAAUUUGAUUCAAAAUGAAGAAAUCGGGCAACUUAGUGAAAGAGUUAAGACUUUAGAAAGCACACUUGAUGCAAAACAUGCCGAACAUAAGCAACUUGAUCAGGAAUUGGCACAAGCCAAAGAUCAGAGUAGUAGUCGUCAAAUUGAAAUUAAUCGACUUAAAGAUUUACUCGAAAAUGCAAGAACUAAAAUCGGUGAAUUGGAACAAGAUCGCACACUGAGCGAUAAAAGUGAAUUGGAUGAGCUUUUGGACAAUGCACGAAAAGAGAAAGACGCUUUGGAAUCGGAAGUUGCCCAUUUGAAAGAACAACUUGCUCUAAGCAAAAACGAAACUGAGAAACUCAGAGAACAAGUAUCAAUUCUUCAAGAGGAGUGCAAAGUAACACGAAAUAAUGCUAAAACGACUCAGAGCGAUUUGGAAUACAAAUUAGAGAAACUCCAAGCUGAGAAAGUCGCCUUAACUGAGCAACUCCAGGAGUUUCAAGACGCUGUAAAUGAACUCCAAGUCCAAGCUCAGUGUCAAACUGAAGACAAGCGACAACUUUCAGCAGUCUUGUCCGAAACUCAGAGAAAUUUGAACGAAAGUGAACGGAAAAUUGUCGAAUUAGAAAAUGAGUUAACUGAAUUGAAACGCGUGAAAGCCGAUCAGGAGGAAGAAUGGGAGAAAUUCCAAAAGGAUCUGCUAACGUCAGUCCGUGUCGCUAACGAUUUUAAAACGGAAGCCCAACAAGACUUGGAAAAACUCGUCAUGGAGAAUAAAGCAGGCCGUGAACGUAUCAAACAACUGGAAGCCCAACUUGAAAAACUCAAAGGUCCGAGCCGGAAGUCCAAUUUCGAUGACAAAAUCGCAUCGCUUAAUCGUCGAUACAAACAAAUCGAAGGUUUAACCGACGAGCAAUUAUCCGAAGAACAACGAGCGGUUAAACUUUUAAAAGAACAUUACGAUCGGGACUUACCGAAACGUAAGCCAGUCGCGAAUAAACCAAAAGAUAAGUUGGCGAUAAGUAAGCCAUCAUUAGAAUCAGUUGUUUCGGAUCCGAAAUUACAUAAAUUUGUUCGUGAUUCUAAAUUGCAAAACGUGGAAACGGCGUAUUUUUACGACGAGGAAGUCCAAUCCGAGCCUGAAGUCCAAAAACCGUCCAAAUCGAUUCAUGUUCGUAGUAAAAGUUUGUCGGACUUACCCGAACCCGAGCCGAGGCUUCGUCGAUACGAUAGCAUCGAGAAUUUGCUCGACUUAUCAUCGAAACCAAAAGUGAGGAAGCCGCGUAAAAAAAGUACAAUUACUAAUGAGACUUUGGAGCGAAUUUGUCGCGAAAUUGAUCCGAAUAUACCCGAAGAUGAGUUGACAAAAGAGCAAAGAUUUGCGUUACGUCUUCGCAAAGUCUUAAACAAAGAACAGAAAAAAGUUCCGGUGAAAAAACAUCCGAAUUUUGGACGAAAAAAAUUGAAAAUAAGUCGACCCACACAAGAAUCGGUUAUUAAGAAUGAAACAUUGCGCCGGAUUAUUAACGAUCCGGUUAUCCGGAAUGUUGGUCCGGAAAAUCGAGUGAUUAGAAGGAGUAAAGUCGGGAAGAAGGGUAAGGGGAGGUAUAGUGCGCCAGUGUCGCCACCUAUACCAAAUGAUUCGUUGAAAAUACCGAAAAGUAAAAGUUAUAACGAUAUACAUUUCAAAUUUCAAGUACCGGAUAUGUAUUGCGGUGAUGAAGAACGUAGUGAAAUUCCGGUUUUACCACCGGAGGAAUUUCGGGAUACGGAACCGUCAAUGGCCGCUGAUAAUUCAGCAUUCCGGACCUUUCACGUCGAUAAAAAUACGUUUAAAAGGGAGCAUAAUUAUUUGGAUGAAGAUGUGAAGAAGAAAAUUGAAGAUGAGGAUUAUAUGAAGAAGAAAAUUGAAGAAGAGCAUUAUCUGGAUGAAGAGGUGACGAAGAAAAUUGUAGAUGAGGGUGAAGAUGUAAAGAAGAAAAUUGAAGAAGAGCAUUAUGCGGAUGAAGAUGUGAGGAUGAAAAUUGAAGAUGAGAAUUGUGUGGAUGAUGGUGUGAAGAAGAAAAUUGAAGAUGAGGUUUAUGUGGAUGAAGAUGUGAAGAAGAAAAUUAAAGAAGAGCUUCAUGUGGAUGAAAAAAAUACGUUUAAAAGGGAGCAUAAUUAUUUGGAUGAAGAUGUGAAGAAGAAAAUUGAAGAUGAGGACUAUAUGAAAAAGAAAAUUGAAGAAGAGCAUUAUGGGGAUGAAGAGGUGACGAAGAAAAUUGUAGAUGAGGUUUAUGUGGAUGAAGAUGUGAGGAUGAAAAUUGAAGAUGAGAAUUGUGUGGAUGAAGAUGUGAGGAAGAAAAUUGAAGAUGAGAAUUGUAUGAAUGAUGAUGUGUGGAAGAAAAUUGAAGACGAGAAUUGUGUGGAUGAAGAUGUAAAGAAGAAAGUUGAAGAUGAGUAUUAUGUAGAUAAAGAUGUGAAGAAGACAAUUGAAGAUGUGUAUUUGGAUGAAAAUAUGAGGAAGAAAGUUGAAGAUGUGACCGAUACAAUUAACAACGUGAUAAUAGAACGUUUCUACGAAGAAGAUCUUCUCAAUGAUGAUCUAAACGAGGAAGAUAUAAAAGUGAGACGUGGCACCAGACAAAGAUAUAGUCAAGUGAUUGAAGAAAUGAAAGAAAAAUUUGACAUUUCGGACAACGAAGAAGACCAAACUGAAGAAAAUACUACAUUUAAAGCGGUUCCUGCAAUUACAGUUAACGAUUCAGAUUCUGAUGAAUUUCUUCUCGAUGAAGAAUUAAUCAGAAAAAAGAAGAUUAUAGAAUUGGCCGAUAAAAAUGUUGAGGAACCUCCCAAAUCGCUGCUUGAAUUUUUAGAACCAAGCACAGAUAGGGGAAGUUUUGAGUUCCACGAAGAAAUUACAUUUGACGAUGAAGAAAUGGAACGAAUUAAAGCGAAUUAUGAAGAAAUACCGAAGGAAGUUUACAAGGGGAUAUAUUUUGAAGAAGAAGAUAUUGUCAAAGUACCAAAAGAGGAAUUUACGAUUUUUGUAAGCCAGAAUGAAGAUGCAACUCCGACGAGUACUGUAAUUUUAGAAGAAGCUCCUAAAGAACAAAUGACAAUUUUUAUGACUUUGAAACCGGAAUCUACCGUCGUAAUUGAAGAAAUAACUGAACAAGAAGAAGACAUAAAGAUUGAACCAAGUUCAUGUUUAAUUAUAGAAGAAACUCAUAAUUUUAUAUUGAAAGAAAGGGAUGCAAGUGAUGAAAGUGCAAACAAAAAUGAAGAAACCGAAGAAAUAAACGAAAUAAUGUUCGUAAUUCCUACCAAAGAUCAAUUGUCAAUUGAAGAACUAGAUGAUCAAGUUGUAGCGAAAUUAAACGAAGAUGAAGAAAUAGAUGAUAAAGUGAAGAGAAAAGAAAAUCUAGAAGGUGAUAACAAAAGGAGAGAACGGGGGGAAGAAAACGACCAACAAACAACUCAUACAAUCAAAAAUGAAAAUGAUUUGUUGAAUCAAAAAAUAGAUGAAGGGGAAUUGAGUGAAGAAAAAGGGUCAGAAUUUGAAAAUGAAAAUCUGAAUAAAACAAAUGAAGAUAGUUGCGAGUUGCGAGAAGAUUUAACUCCUGAAGAAUUGGAAAUUUUACACCAACUGACUAAACCUCGCGUUUCGCGUCCCUUAUCCGACUUGAAAGACAAAGAUCUCGAAUUGAUCGAAAAAUUCAAAGCUGAAUACAAGAGUGAGGAAACCGAAGAAGAAAAUGUGAAGAAACCACAACCACCUCGUAUUCUAUCACCGACAAAACUCAACGAAAAACCAUCAUAUGAACCGGUUUAUGCGAAUUAUUCCGUCGUAUCAUCGAACAAUCGAAGUUCGAAAGAGUUUCAAGCUUCCAUUUCGGGCAAGAAACCAGUAGCAUUGCCUCGAGUCACGUCAUUGGAUACAGAAUAUCACGAAUUUAGCGGUCAAGUGAGAAAAACACGAUUUAGUAUAACAUACGAACGAAAAAAGGGCGACUCUUUUAAAGAGAAAAAUGAAGAAAAGUCGACCAAAGUUAAAGAUUUGAAAGAGAUGUUUGAGCGUAGGUCGAACUCCGGAGUCUCUCCCCAUCCGUCCGCCAAGUUUCCAAAUGGAUGAUUUGACGUCUCGGAGGCCUAAAACCGUUCUUAGUCGUCAAAAUAGUCGCCAAUCGGUGAAAUCGCUGAUUGAAAGUAUCGAAAAUGCGGGAAAGCCGACGAAAACAUCGUCGGGGGUGUCCCGAAGUAGUUCAGCGUCGU